ACAAGCACACGGACCAGCUUCCGAGGGGGGAAAAUGGCGCUGCCCAUAUUAAGAGGUUGUCAGAGGUUUCCAUCAACGUUAAGCUUUACUCGUCUGUGUUUCAAUGAAAGUGUCAUCCUGAACCGGUCCGGUAAACGACCGCUACCUUGUCCGUCCCCGGCCGCUGUGGUAGAAACGGUCCGCCCGUACAGCUCCGACCGCGGGGGACAGAACCAGAACCAGAAGGUGGUGGUCUUCGGCCUCCCCAAUCCGUUUAUCUGGUUCCGCACCAGAAUCUACUACUUUCUGAUCCGGGCUUACUUUGAUAACGAGUUCAACAUCGAAGAGUUCGCGGAUGGAGCGAAGCAGGCCUUCACACAUGUCUCCGGGCUGCUGUCUCGGUGUCACUUCGAAGCGUUGGAAGGACUCGUGGCUAAGGACUUGAUUACAAAGCUGGAGGACAAAUGCAACGCGCUGCCAUCGAGCCACAAGAAAGCUCUCUCUGCAGAUCCUGAUGACAUCAUGUACACAACACCUGGAGACGUGGGGAUCUACUAUGAUGAUGAUGGGAGAAAAUUUGUCACCAUUCUGAUGCGUUUCUGGUAUCUGACAAAUGCACGUCUUCCUGAAGACACCCUGGAAGGAACCCGCGUCUUCCAGGUGGCCAUCGGUGGAGAAGGAGAGGCAGAAACGAAGAGACUCCUCAGUGCAAACUAUGAAUUCCAAAGGGAGUUCACGAAGGGUGUGCCUCCAGACUGGACCAUUACCAGGAUUGAGCACUCCAAGCUUUUGGAUUAAAGUGGUUUUGAUUAAGUGGCAGUUGUGCCACUGGAAAUGAAUCAAAGACAUGACAUCACCCUCACUAUCUGCUUUUAUUAAAUUGAGUUACACUAAAGCAGCUCAUGAUAAUCCACUGGGGAAAAUGUGAUGCAUCGAGGAAAGCAGCAGGAAAAGACCUGGAUUCACUCGAAAUUCAUCGAGGCGACCAAUUGAUGGCAUAGAGACCAGACAUCAGUGUUUCUUAGGAUAUUCUUCUAAAUCUCUGGUACCCCCUCAACGAAAAUGUGAUCUGCACCUCUUCUUUGAAACACUCGUCUUGUCUGGUACUUUAUUUCCAAGUAAAGACAUUGAGAAUACAUUUCUCUAUGUAAGGCUGUGUGGUAUAAGAUGUUUCAAUUCAUUCUGCCAGAUUUGUUUUCACACAAAUAAUUUGUCUCUUUUUUAUCUCACUUAACCUGACUAUACAUGCUAUAUGUGUGUUGUGUUUGCAUACAUAUGUUUGCAAGGAUUGAGGUUGCCUGAUGCAGCUGCAAAAGACCCUGUUUUAUUAAAGAUGUGAGAAAAUAGCGGUUUAAUUAAUUGUUCCUUUAUGAUAAUGGAAAUAAGGUGUCUUGCGACAUAGAAACGUCAAUGAAAAUCCCGUACGGCUGUGUGAAAAACAUCUACAUCAAAGUUUAAAAAAUCAAUAAAAGAAAAAAGCAUGAAAGAAAACCAAA